AUGAAGAUGUACUUUAAAAAUGUAUUUUUUGUGCUAUCGGCAACGGUAUCAACAGUGGGCUAUUUCGGUGCAAAGCGCCUUCUUUGUUCCACGGUAUUGUGGCAAACUGAUCAAUGGGGUUGUAAUUCUUCGAAGUAUGACCAACACUUCCGACUCUUUGCUUCACGUGAAUAUUGUGGCGUUUUGUAUAUGACGCCGAAUGAUUUUCUACAAUCCCUGUUUCAGGAAAAACCCCCUACGAGUCAAUUGAACUCUCUUUCGCCUGAUGAGGUGAAGACAAUAUUGCAGAAAGCUGGACACUGCGGGUCAAAAAAUCUUUUUCGUAAGCUUGGAAAUCAGGGACUUAUUUCCUUUACGGACUACUUGUUUUUGCUGGGAUUGCUCAAUAAGCCGAGUUCUAGAUAUGAAGUUGCUUUUGAUAUUCUUGAUACUGACUACAGUGGAGCAAUUGAUGCUAAUGAAUUUUCUAUGCUUUAUGGAGUCUCCGCUGGUGCACCUGAUCAAAUGCAAUUAACUCACGAUCGCUUGUCUUUAGGCAAUCUUUCUGAUCAAUCUACUCUUAUGCGAGUUUUUUUUGGAAAGGAUGGAAAACAAUUGCUAAAGAAGGAGGAUUUCUACAAAUUUAUCGAAAAUUUUCAAAAUGAAAUCCUCGAGGCCGAGUUUACUCUUUCCUCUCCAAAUGGUGCAACCAUCUCUCCCACUAAUUUUGCUCGGGUGCUACUGCACAACACUGACCUUCCCGAAUCGAGAUAUGAUGAAUUCCUAUCGAGGUUACGUCGACUUCCAGCAAAUGUGGAGAUCACCCUUGAGGAUUUCAAAAGGUUUUACAAAUUCGUCAAUCACCUUGAUGACUUCCAAAUGGCCAUGAAGAUGUAUAUGCUAGCCAAUAGGCCUAUUUCUCUUACUGAAUUUAAGCGGGCCAUUCGAGCUUGUGUGAACCUCGAGAUUGGGGAACAGGCUUUACAAACCCUCUUCUGUAUGUUCGAUGCAGACGGAGAUGGUCAUAUGAGUCCACAGGAGUUCAUGGUUUUACUCAGAAACAGGCGACCUCGAGGAAUCCACAAAAAUGCCGAUUUCAAUCGAGGGAUUUGGAAAGACUACAAAAAGUGCUUGAGUCGAGCCAUACGUGAACAAUAA